AUGCCUCUUCUCGAAUCCUCUCGUCCUAAGGUACUCGUACCUGAAAAGCUGUCUCCUGAUGGAUUAUCUCUGCUACGCGGCUCGCUAGAUGUCCACGAGCGAAAAGAUCUCAGUCCAGACGAGCUGCUCGAAAUCAUCCUAGACUACGAUGCCCUCCUUGUUCGCUCCGAGACCAAGGUUACUGCGACAGUGCUACGAGCUGCAAAGAAUUUAAAGGUAGUUGCACGUGCUGGUGUCGGCGUCGAUAAUGUUGACGUCGAGGAAGCUACCAAGCUGGGAAUUGUAGUCGUCAACUCGCCUUCGGGCAAUAUUGGCGCUGCAGCCGAACAUACAAUCGCCUUGAUGAUGUCCAUGGCGAGGAAAAUCCCAGAGAGCUGUGCCAGUCUCAAAGAGGGCAAAUGGGAGCGAAGUAAAUUCGUCGGCGUCGAAGUCAAGGGCAAAACCUUGUCAAUUAUUGGCCUUGGAAAAGUCGGAUUGACAGUAGCGCGCCUGGCCAAAGGCUUGGGAAUGAAUGUGAAUGCACUCGAUCCAUAUGCCUCUCCCGCUGUUGCAGCUUCGGCCUCAGUUACUCUCGUCUCAACCCUUCCAGAGCUUCUCACAUCCGCCGACUUUCUGACAAUCCACACUCCUCUAAUUGCUUCAACUCGAGGAAUGAUCGCAGGAGCCGAACUAGCCCAGCUGAAGCCAGGUGCGCGCGUACUCAAUGUAGCCCGGGGAGGAACAUUUGACGAAGAAGCCCUACUUGCAGCACUCGAGUCAGGCCAUCUUGCAGGUGCCGCUAUCGAUGUGUUUACCUCGGAACCUCCUGCUCCUGACUCAUCGGCAGCACGCUUAAUUGCGCACCCCCGAGCGGUUGUGACACCACACCUCGGCGCCUCGACAGUUGAAGCUCAAGAGAACGUUUCGGUGGAUGUCUGCGAGCAGGUACUGGAAAUUCUCCAGGGCUCGUUGCCUCGCAGCGCAGUGAACGCCCCCCUCAUCUUACCAGAGGAAUACAAGAAGUUGCAGCCAUUCGUGCGUCUGGUGGAGAAGCUCGGUAGUCUCUACACCCAACACUAUGCAGCUUCUCCUGGCGGCUCAAUGGCCCGCAACACCUUUGACCUCAUUUAUCAAGGCGAGUUGGCAAGUGUCAACAAUACAAAGCCGCUCUUCGCCGCUUUGGUCAAAGGUCUUUUGGCGCCGAUCACCGCCAUCGAGGGACUGAAUAUCAACAUCGUCAACGCUGAGCUGGUGGCCCGUGAACGUGGCAUCUUUGUUUCAGAGCAACACUCCCGUGACCCGGCAGAUCACUCCUCGUAUUCGUCGCUGGUCACUCUUGUCGCGCGUCCACCCUCCCGUGCAUCCUCCCGAGCCCCGGCUUCUAGUGACACCACCGGACUGAGCACAGCUGAACAGCGAAUCAUUUCUGGUACCUGCUCCGGCGACCGGCCACUCAUCACUCGCCUAGGUCGAUUUGAGGCUUCCUUCGAGCCUGAGGGCACGCUGUUGAUUUGUGAAAACUAUGAUUCUCCUGGUAAAAUCGGGGUCGUGGGUAACAUCCUUGGCCAGGAGGGUGUCAAUAUCAAUUUCAUGGCUGUUGCUCCGGUAUCACGCAAAUUGACUGUGACAGAGGGCCUGAAGUCCGUUUCUGCUGAUACUCAAGAUUCCGUGAAUGAUCAGCCUUUGAAAGAGGCUUUGAUGAUCCUGGGUAUCGAUCGAGGAGUCCCAGCGCAUGUUACUGCUGCCUUGGCUCAAGAGCAGGGAAUACUAAGUGCAUGCGCUGUCACGCUUUGA